AUUUACAUAAUUUGGAGAACGUUAACAGAAAACGAUUGGAAGAGGAUCCAGAAUCAUUCGUCAUGUCAGAAUUCAGUUAUCUCUGUACUCCAAGGACCAUUCCGUACAAGUACAAAACAGUUACUCAAAUCUUCAACGAAAUAACAACAUCAUUUCCAAACAAAGAAAUUCUCAUCUAUCGAGGUAUUGAUGGAACGCGGGAAAGCCUGACUUGCCGUCAACUUCAGACACAGGCAAUAAAGUUAGCAGGCUAUCUCAUCAAGAAAGGAAUUAAAAAGGGAGAUAAAAUUGCUCUUUCUGGACCCAACACCCUAGAGUGGGUAAUAGCAGAAUUAGCGAUAAUUAUGGCGGGGGCUAUUGUUGUCCAUGUUCCUUUCAGCAACACCAACGCCAAAGACGUUUACGAAAUAGUUUCAAUUGCUGAGUGCAAGGCCCUUUUGAUUGACCCCGGCAAACGAGAUGAAUAUCUAAAAGUUAUUUUGCAGCUUAAUGCCCUUCUAUUGAAGAACUGCAAUGUUUUUACUUUGGUUUUUCUCAGAAAGAGCGAGAAUUUAGCAUCCUAUGAUAACCUUCCCAGAAUACUACAGUUAGGAGAAGAACUUGAAUUUGAACUUCCUACACUCUACCCCGAGGAUGAAAUUGUGUUUUUCACGACGUCUGGAACCACGGGGAAGCCUAAACUGGUACCUAAAACACAUUUUCACGCAAUCAACAAUCCUAUGUUAUCCUCUGGGAUAAGUUACAAUGAUCGGCCGUUUGCUUGGAUUGGAGGAUCUCCCAUUUCCACGGUGUAUCAAGGGAAACCUAAAGUAUUCUGCGACUCCCCAAUUGCCUCAGAAGGACGUAACACUAUGAAAAUAUGGGAAGUAAUCAAGGAAGAACAGUGUGCAUCGGCAGUAUUACUGCCUUACUUUCUUUCAGAUCUGGCUGCUAACGAAGAAAAUUACAAAGGUUCGUUCAAACUCGAUACCGUCUUUACAGGUGGACAAUCGGUUAACGAUUCCCACACGAAGGUCGUUGGCAUAUUUACAAGGAGUUUGACAAUCGGAUACGGAUCGACCGAAGGAUCUACGAUAUCUGUACUCCCGCCUUUUACUACUGCUAGUGAAGUACAAGUCGGUGACGUGGGAAAACCAAUACCGGGUACAGAAGUGAAGAUCAUUGAUGGGGAUGGAAAUGUUUUGAGAAAACAUGAGAAUGGAGAGCUUUGUAUACGAAGCGUGUAUGGUUUUGAGAAAUACUACAAGAACCCAGAAUUAACAGAGGAAGUCCUUUUGCCUGGAAAUUGGUUUCGCACUGGCGACAUUGCGCACAUAAAUCAACACAAUCAUAUUAUAAUAAACGGGCGCAUCAAGGACUGUAUAUCCCGAGGUACGAGAAAAAUUUUACCCAGUCGCAUCGAAAAAAUCAUUGCAAGAAAGAAUGGUAUACGAAAUGUGAUUGUGGUUGGUGUACCUGACAAGCGUUUAUACGAAGAAAUUUGCGUUUGUUACGUUACAGAUCCGGAGUAUGAAAUUUCACCAACCGACGUAAAACAGUUUUGCAGGACAGAGUUCAUUGGGCACGAUGCCAUUGAUGGUCUUGGAGAAAUGCCGAAAUAUUUCCUCAGAUUUCAUGGUCUGCCGAUGCUUGAUAAUGGAAAAAUUAACAAAAAACAAAUAAGAAUUGAUGCCAUUCAACAAUUGGAAUUGAUCGAUUAGAUGGAUGGUGAACUAUUGAUAUCAAAUAUCACUAACCAAAAUUCAGUCUUGUAGUAGGAGUGAUUAUCUGAAAAGCAAUUAUGAUUCUUCAUUUUUUGAAUAUUCCCCCCACCCCCACCCCCACGAAAUACCACAUAGAUUUCAUGGACAUGGAUAUUUACUCCAGAUUUUGAUCAUAGAAGCAUAUUUUAUGAAAUCGAUUUGAAGUUAAAGACAAGUUUUGAAAAAGAUGUUUUCUCUCUGCUGAAUAAGUGAAUUCUUCAGUACUGUAUAAAGAGAUAUAUACUUCUUCGAACUCGUUCUUGUAGGAGCAUACACUUUAAAGACCCAAUUUUAAUUAAAAUACCUCAAAGUUUACCUGUAUCGUAAUUAAAGGUACACAGCCUGUCAAUCAAACAUUAGAUUCUCGGUGGAGUGACAUAUGCAGAUAAUAGUCUGCAGCAACUAGAGAGAGGCGUUUUGAUAACAAUAGCAGACAGUACUUAUGGUAUUCUGUAUAUCUUGAGGAAGCUCAGUAUACCAAAGUUUUGAUAGCAUUGACCUGUCUACCCACAACUGCUAUUCUCUCGUAGUUUUUAAAUCCCCUGAGCAGCGUAAUAUUGAUAUAGUUGUAUUUUCCCUAUCUAUAUAAAUGUAUUAUAAUCAAAUCAAAGAAAACAUUGCAUAAUAAUUUUUAAAACUUGUAACUUAUUGUGAUAAUUUAUAUUAUGAAUGUCUGAUAGCUAGAUAUUCAUAAAAUAAAUUAUUUAUUGAGCCAAUGAAUGAAAGUAAGAGAGAGAGAAACUAGGAUAUCGAUGUAGACUGUGUGUCAACAAUAUACAAUAAAAAAAAAUCUUGGCCAGGUAAUUUCUAAGAAAUUCUAGACAAAAGAUGGACUCCGCCCACAUCCAGUCAUACGGGAAGAAACCGUACAGUAUUUUUGGGGUCUUUAAAAUACAAACAUUUUACUUCCUAGAUAUUAAUGUUAUCAAACAAAAUAGCCUGCGUGUUCUUGUACUUUUAUCAGCAAUAUUCCAUCUUGAAAUGUCUUUGAUGGCGAUGUUGAUAUAGUUUCACCUAUAGUCCAUAUAUGCAUGUCAAUACUGGUGGCGCAAAUACAGUUAAAAAUGACAACCCCAAAACACUCAUCUUUAAAGAUCCAGAAUUCAGGAAAACUCCAGUUCCAUUAUAAAUGAAAUCAACGAUUAUGUCAGGCGAUGAGCUUAACAUGAAAGGGAAGACCCGUAACAUCCGUGUGAUCAGUACACCAAAGGAGAUGAAAGAAUUAAAUAGGUUACAUAAGGACUAAAUACUGUUACCAAUUGUUAAAGCUUGCAUUAACUUGGUCUUGUUCGUAAAAGGCUCAUUUAGCUGAACUUAAGAAUACCUUGGAUCUAAUUAUACAUUAUUUUAAUAAAGCUUAUACUCAAGGUUCCUUUUCAAAGUACCUGAAGAAUGCGUUUCAAUUCCCAUUGACAAGUUAUCGACAUCAUCGUCGUUUGUAAAUGUCAUUAUCACAAUUAUGUUUCAGAAGAACUGUAAUUCCAUAUUCUAUAAUGCAAAUAUAAUAAAAGUUUUAAGGUA